AUGGAAGACAACCAAUCCUAUGGGGUCGGCCGCGGGAAAUCAAAAAGAGGGGCACAAAAUCCAAAAGCCGGAGAUGUUCUUACAAAGCAUGCAGAGCGUUUGACGAGCUCUCAUGAGAAGUAUCCCACGGAUGUUAGAAAUGAUAAGAUUUAUUGUAAAGAUUGGAGUGAGACGAGUCGCGUUCUGAGGGAAGUCGUUAACCAAGGCAACCGAGAUGAUUGUUGGGUCCAUGCCACAACAAAAUCCAUAGAAGCGGAGCUGAAAAUCAAAUUCGACUUAGAUGUUACACUAUCAGCAAAACAUCUUUACCAUGGGAUUGAAAAGAAAAAGAACAGCGAUGCGGUCAAAAAUUUCGAAGAAAUAGGCGAUUUUCUGAAGCACGAAGGCAUCGUUCAAGAAAAAGAUUGUGAAUGUGAAAAGAGAACGGCUAAAAAAGAUCCAUGUGCUAAGAAAAUCAAGGAAAAAACCGUACGUAUACUGAAGAUUGAUGAGUUAGUUAAAACUACUAACGUUGACGAAGAAGAAUUGAUACAAUUAGUUAAACUUCGCCCAGUGGUGGCCAGCAUAAAUGCAACGAAGGAAUUCAAAGGCCUUAUGGGAGAUGGAAUAUUCAUAGGAAAUGAAACGAGUAAGAAAAAGACCAAGGGCAAUCACGUGGUUUUAAUCACCGGGUAUGGAAGCAAUGACGGUGUACAUUACUGGAUAAUACAAAACUCUUGGGGGCUUCGAUGGGGAGAAAAAGGAUUUGCGAAAGUAGCUAGGAAGAUUAGCCGUGGCCAACAUUCUAUCUUCUCGGAAAUUAUUUACCCUCUGGUUUCUACGGUUGGCGACUUGGCGGCCUAG